AAUACUUAGAGCAAAAAUGUAGGAGUCCUAAAUUUAGGUCUUACAUGCCCACUAUUUUUAAGAUUUUCUCCUAAAUCUGCAAGUUAUACAGUCUAUGGUUGAGAUACUUUUAGCCUUAAUAUGUUUUGUGAAUACAGGCCCUGGGGUCUCUUUUAUAAACGUUGCACAAAAGGGCCAUCUAAAAUGCGUACACAAUUUUCCACUCACAUAUUGGGAUCUAUAAAAAAAUUAACUUGCCGUAAAUAUGAACACAACUAGAGACAAUUUAUAAGAGACAUGCCACUUCCUCAAUCCUCAAUACAACUAUAUAAGGAAAAACCGUAACGGCAAAGAUGGCGGUUGUAUGCACAUGUCCCGCCCCUCCUGCUGGAAAGCCAAUCAUCUGCUUUUAACAGUCAAACCGGGAAAUAUUUAAGCCUAUCGUCUGGUUCCACUGAUGCAUUCGCACAGUUGAGGUUUUGCGACAGCCGAGAAGAUUUGGCGACAGCGAGUUGUGGUGUGUGCAAGAUCACAUGGAAUCCACAUAGAAGAGGGUGAUAACAACGCAAAUUCAAAAAAGAUUGUUCUGUACACUGAUAAAAUCCACAUAGAAGAGGGUGAUAACAACGCAAAUUCAAAAAAGAUUGUUCUGUACACUGAUAAAACAAAUGACAUUGAGCAUUUGUUUAAGUGCUUGGCACAACACAGGCCUUCUGCAUAGAGACGUAAAUGAAGUUGGUGUAGUGUUGGUGUUGUGGUACGCACUCUUUUACCUGGAGUGAGAAAAGUUUUUAAUUUUUUGACAUUUACAUUAAAUAUUCGACUCUGUUUAACGGAGAUGAAAUUACAUAAAGUCAUUACGCAGAUGUAAAAAAUGUUGGACAAUUAAAGAAUUUAGGCAUGUUUAUAGGAUGCGCUUGAUCACUUUUCCUGUGGUGUGCUUUAAUAACAGCAAGAAGUGCUUUAGGUGCACAAUAAUUAAUCUUCAAACUAAACUGCAGAUCUCAUGUUGAGAGAAAAUAUUUUUGUGAGAACAGUGAUCAAGGAUGCACACUUCGAUAUUGUACAUAGUCAUUGGUUUAAAAAACAAAAACAAAAACAAAAAAAAAACUUUUGUGCGUACGCAAAAUCUACCAUUUGUGCAUACGUACACUUUUAGGAUGAAAUCUUUGGAGAGUUUGAUAAAUGAGACCCCUGGCCUUGGCUUUACGCAAGGAUUUAAAUGUUAAGCGGAGUAUCCAGAUGACCGGAGGAGGGCAGUAAUUAGACAGUGAUGCGUCUAGCCUGCCACAAAUUAUAUAAGAAGAAGAGGAUUUGCGUACCAAACAACCGCGAGAGCUAACCGCACUGUAUGCUUUCGACUCACUCUCGCGAUAGUUUGAUUUUUAUAAACCGAAAUCUAUCUGCGUAAUAGCUUACUUUCAGUUUUCCUACAAAUAUCAUUUUAGAAAUAGUAUGUAAAAUAUCCAUUAUUAAUAUCGGGACACCAUGAUCAUCGGUUGGUGCUUCAUCUCUGCAUUUGUAGUGCUGAUUAACAAAGUCUGUCUGCAGGUCCCAGUCGAGGGGUUUAUCGGUGGUUCUGUUGUCCUGCCGUGUUCUUCGGAUGAACAUGAUCUUAAACUUCAAGAUAUUAAUGUGUUUUGGAGAGACAAAGACAGUGAGAUUGUUUAUGAUAUAAUUAGCGGUAAAGAUUCAGUAGAGCGACAGAAUCCACAGUACAAGAACAGAGCUGAAACCUUCCCAGAGGAGUAUGAGAGAAGAAACUUCUCCAUUAAACUCAUCAAUCUGAAUCACACUGAUGAAGGAGAGUUUAGCUGCUUCAUCACACACACAGAUGAACUCCGUACUAUACAGCUGAUCCUUAAGGGUACAAAAAAGUGAAAAAAAAAAGCU